GCUACCUAGUUCUGCCGCACGCUCCGAUUUAUUAAGGUUCAUAGCAAAAAUAGAUUGUCAAUGAAGGAUGAAGCUUCGUAUUACAGUACUUGAGCCGAUUCUCAUUGACUGCCUGCCCAGUCUGGUAGGAAAUGUCUCCGUUAUUUAUGAAUGUGCCGUUCCCAUCUCCGCACUUCAGGUUUUUCCGUCAAGAUGUAUCGUGGAUCUGGUUUAAAGAUGACAACAUCAUGGAGCGAUCGUCUGCAGAAUGCGGCAGAUCUUCCUGCCAACAUGGAUGGCCUCGCCAUGAAGAAGUACCGGAGGGAAGCUUAUCACAGGGUCUUUGUGAACAGAAGUCUCGCUAUGGAAAAGAUCAAGUGCCUUGGAUUUGACAUGGAUUAUACACUUGCUGUAUACAAGUCUCCAGAGUAUGAAUCGCUUGGCUUUGACCUUACUGUUGAAAGACUGGUGUCCAUUGGCUAUCCACAGGAGCUUCAAAGUUUUGUUUAUGACCCUACAUUUCCUACUAGAGGUUUGGUGUUUGAUACUACAUAUGGGAAUCUUUUGAAAGUGGACGCCUACGGCAAUAUUCUUGUUUGUGCUCAUGGCUUUAACUUUAUGAGAGGGCCUGAAAUAAGGGAGCAGUAUCCAAAUAAAUUUAUUCAGAGAGAUGACACAGAUCGGUUUUAUAUCCUCAACACCCUAUUUAAUCUACCAGAAACCUACCUGCUGGCCUGCCUGGUUGACUUCUUUACUAACUGUGACCGCUACACUAGUUGCGAAAAGGGGUUUAAAGAUGGAGACCUCUUCAUGUCGUUCCGCAGCAUGUUCCAAGAUGUCAGGGAUGCUGUGGACUGGGUUCAUUACAAGGGGUCACUCAAGGAGAAGACUGUGGAGAAUCUGCCAAAGUAUGUGGUGAAAGACCAUAAGCUGCCUCUCUUGCUGAGCCGCAUGAAUGAAGUGGGAAAGAUUUUUCUGGUGACAAACAGCGACUACAAAUAUACCCACAAAAUUAUGACUUACUUGUUUGACUUCCAACAUGGCCCAAAGCCCGGGAUUCCUCAUCGGCCUUGGCAGUCCUAUUUUGACUUAAUUUUAGUAGAUGCAAGAAAACCUCUAUUUUUUGCAGAAGGAACCGUGCUGAGACAAGUAGAUACUAACACUGGCAAACUGAAGAUUGGCACCUACACCGGACCAUUACAACAUGGCAUUGUCUAUUCUGGAGGUUCUUCCGAUAUCGUGUGUGACCUGCUCGGAGCGAAAGGGAAAGAUAUCCUGUAUAUUGGCGAUCACAUCUUUGGAGACAUUCUGAAGUCCAAGAAGCGUCAGGGCUGGAGAACAUUCCUAGUUAUUCCUGAGCUGGCACAGGAGCUUCACGUCUGGACCGACAAAAGCUCCCUUUUUGAAGAGCUCCAGAGCUUGGACAUCUUUCUGGCAGAACUCUAUAAGCAUUUGGACAGUAGCAGCAAUGAGAGGCCUGACAUCAGCUCCAUCCAGAGGAGAAUUAAGAAAGUCACCCAUGACAUGGACAUGUGCUAUGGGAUGAUGGGAAGCCUCUUCCGCAGUGGUUCACGUCAGACUCUGUUUGCAAGUCAGGUGAUGCGUUACGCAGACCUCUAUGCCGCCUCAUUCAUCAAUCUCUUGUAUUACCCGUUCAGCUACCUCUUCAGAGCUGCUCAUGUUCUGAUGCCCCACGAAUCCACAGUGGAACAUAUUCACAUGGAUAUUAACGAAUCGGAGUCACCAAUGGCCACACGGAACCGCACUUCGUUGGACUUCAAGGAUUCUGAUUUCAAGCGGCAUCAUCUGACUCGCUCGAUCAGUGAAAUUAAGCCACCCAACCUAUUCCCGCAAACACCACAAGAAAUCACACACUGCCACGAUGAGGAUGACGACGAGGAGGAAGAAGAAGAAGAGGAGGAGGAGGAGGAGGAGGAGGAGGAAGAAUAAGUAUUAUCCUGAGGAGGAUAUUGGAGAGCUCACUGUAAUAUUAUACUAGGAAACUUUUGUUCUUUUGGAACAAAUUUCCACGAACACAGAAGAUAUUUUUCUCCCCUAUUUUUGUUAAUCCCGUCCAAUAGUUAUGAAUUCAAGUCACUUUUAUUAACACAGGUUGUACAUUUCUGCCGGAGGGUGUGGAUACUGAUCUGACGUGGCACAGUAUUUACUGAUUCGUGUUCAUAUUGUAGAGUUUUUACAUUUAAUGCCAUCCUGAGAAAUGUCGUCUGUGAAUGACGAGGCACAAAUCUCCCAUGAGCACUCGUGUCCUGCAGGCACAACAUAUGUAAUGUGAUUGCCUUACGUGGACGUUGGUUGCGGUAUUCUGCCAACUUCUUAUAGUAGCCGACCCACACAAUGACCAAAUUAUGUUGGACAGCCUUUACCUGAUGUAUAAAUAGAGCAUGGAAAAUGUUCUUCUUAGCUAUUGGAAACCAUCGGUCCGACACCCGCAGCCUAUGAUUAUUGUUAUAAGUCGUUCAGAACAUUCUACUUCAUUUAUCUAUAGUGCCUAUAGGAAAGAGGGCACCGCUAUUUACAAAAAUGGUGCAAAUUGCAUUAGGCUUAUCAAGGUUGGGUAUUCAUUCCUUAAAGUGGCACUGCACUUUGGGAGAGCCUUUGAUAUCUCAUAGGAAUAUGUCAAAAGUUUUUCCAAAGUACAGGGACACGUUAAUAAGUAUUGGCAUGUUGCUAAAAAAAAAUGCAAUGACUUCAUGAUGUGACCUUUGGAAACUGUUCCCAAAAACUGUAAGCGAAGGGUGCCCUUCAGCUGUUUCUCUGCAAUGUGCUGGUCCCAUCCGCGUGCUGUGCUGGGAACUGCUCCUUUGGAUGGGGCAGUAUUUUUUUUCGCAGUAGAUGGAUGGGAGUUCUGCUCUGCAGGGAAAAAAAUAAUGAAUUAAUUGUAACCCUUAACUAGCAGUGACGUGAACACCGCUUUAACUAGGCCUUCAUUCUGAGGUUUGUGGAACCCCCACAAUCAGUAAGUGAUAUGCCAGAAUUUCAGUUUGUGGCAAAUCCACCAUAAUGUCCCUAAUUGGGCAUUUGAAAAUAAAUGGGUUUUCUUAACCAGACGCCUUUAAAUUUGGCACAAGUCUCUUGUGCCCUUUUAUACGUCCCCUGGAAUGUGACAAGUGAUCAUAUAAGUGAUUAUACAUUUGUGGCAUCACAAUUGAUGAAGCUAUGACUUGCUGUGUGCUAGUUGCACCCAUAAAACGGCUCCCUCUGCUGGUUACACGCAGCUCUGCCGAUGACUUAGAGGUGUAAAUUCUAUAGUCUACAGCAAAUUUCAUUCAAUUUUAAAGCUGUGAUUGUUAUGUUGAUGCUAUUUGACAAGUUCUAAAAAACUAGUGUUAAGCUCUGCCGGAAUUACUAUAUGGUUUUAUGUUGACGCUUAUACUGUCUUGGAUUGUUUUACUGCACCAUGCAGAAAUACUUUAGUCCUUCUUACUGGAGCAGCUCUAUACGAGGCAGCAUACGACUGUAUACAUGGCCACCAGACCUGAUAGUGCCCAGGAUAAGCUGAGCUUUUGCUCCCCCACAGCAUAUACUGUCUAAGUACUCUCAGCAAAAACAGAUUUAAUACAUUUGUUUUUCAUUUUAAAGUGAAUGUCCUUCAGUGAACACCAUUCUAUUGUUGUUGUGUGUUUUGUUUUUUUAUCCAAAUUGAUAAUUUAUGUGCUGAUUAAUUUCUUCAUAUACCUUCAUAGGAGCUCCAAAUUACCUGCAUAGACCAAGAGCAAAAGUAUACCAAUAUGGUGCCACCACUAGGGGGAGCUUAGAUGCUUACUGCAUACAGUAUGCCAUAAACCCCCUCUAGUGGUGGCUGCAGGCAGGCAAAAGGCUUUUUUAUUUUUAAUUCUGUUUAUCUAGGGGAUGAUCUGAAGUCCCGACCCCUAAAUAUAUUCAGAAAUUAAUCUUCAUUUGACCAAAAACAACAUGGUUUUACAAGGCGGAGAUUCACUUUAAACCCUAGCUCCACUACGUUUACUACAAACAUAGUAGCAUAAAAUACCUUUGCAGAAUCUUUGUCUCUUCUUGCAGAAAAGCCUCCCCUAGGGUGUAGAUUCUGCAGGGUGCACGUUGCCAAGAAACCACUUGACUUACCGUCUGGUGUGACCAUCAGUUGAGCUCAUGUAGCUGCGUGUAUCGAUGUGGUCACAGGAUAAGAGAUGUU